AUGGACAGGGAGAACUGGACCAUGGUGACUGAGAUUACUCUUAUAGGAAUACCAUCCACUAGAGCCCUUGGGAGCUUCUUCUUUUUGAUUUUUUUAUUGGCCUACUUGGUGACAGUCCUUGGAAACACCCUCAUCAUUAUCCUGAUUCUUGUAGAUUAUAGGCUUCACUCACCCAUGUAUUUCUUCCUUAGCAAUCUCUCUUUCAGUGAAAUAUUAACCACGACCUGUGUGGUUCCUACAAUGCUGAGAGGCUUCCUGUUGGAGAGGAAAAGCAUCUCAUUUAAUGGAUGCUUCACUCAGUCCUAUUUCUACUUCCUUUCUGGAUGCACUGAGUUUAUCCUUUUUGCUGUCAUGUCCUAUGACCGCUAUGUGGCCAUUUGCAACCCUCUUCAGUACCCUAUGAUUAUGACUAGCUCACUCUGUGUUCAUCUUGUCAUCCUCUCCUGGGUGGGUGGCUUUCUCCUGAUCCUCCCAUCCACUGUCCUUAAGGCAGGACUGCCAUACUGUGGCCCCAAUGUGAUUGAUCAUUUUUUCUGUGACAGUGCCCCUCUCCUCCACUUGGCCUGUGCUGACAUCCGUUUCAUAGAGCUGUUGGACUUCCUCAGCUCCCUGGUCCUGCUCAUCAGCUCCCUCUCCCUCACAGUGGUCUCCUAUGUUUACAUCAUCUCCACCAUUCUGAAGAUACCCUCAGGCCAAGGUCAACGUAAAGCCUUUGCUACCUGUGCCUCUCACUUCACUGUGGUCUCUAUGGGCUAUGGAAUCUCCAUCUUUGUCUAUGUCCGCCCCUCACAGAAGAGCAGCCUGCACCUCAACAAGAUCCUCUUCAUCCUCUCCAGUGUCGUCACACCACUCCUGAAUCCCUUCAUCUUCAGUUUACGAAAUGAAACCAUGAAAGCUGCUCUGAAGGACACCUUGACCAAAGGUCAGAACUUUCUGAAGGAAAUAAGAUUCCAGUGAUAGCAUUAUGAGACUCAUCCCAAACCUGAGUAUUU